AUGAUGAUUUCAGAGGAAUUUGUACGUCUGUGUGUCGGUCCGGGCGGAAGGCCGCGGUUGUGGGUGAAAGGCAGGAGUUUCUACGCAGCGCACACGAUGAGAUCUGGUAUUGUGAGAUGGAGGUGUACUAUGGGGGGUUGUGGAUGUAAAGCUUACACACAGAAGGGAAAGUUGCACAAACUGGUCGGGGAGCAUAAUCAUUCAGGUCGAUGUGGAAGGAGAAGUAAGGUGGUACCACCAGCUCCAUCACCACCUACGCCCUUACUCCUACCAAGGAUGCCGCAUCUAGAUUUCGAUAACUUUGACCCAAACGCUUGGAUAGCGAGAUACUAG